AACCUGUCGCAUGUAAAUGAUCUGCGUCAUAUUUCUCAAUAUCGAGAGGCUACGAACCCCGUCGUUUUUUUUUAGCAAUUUUUCGACGCUAUAUAGCCUAAUCGGAUAUAUUUACACACAAGUCGUUGGAGGAGCAAUGAGUUCUGAAACGCGGAGUUGCGAGCUGUCAGCCGUGUCCUUGAAGACAGCGAUUUAGAGCCGGAGUUGGAGACCCGUCGCGGCAGUUCGGUUAGCCGCAAGGUAAACGGUGGUUCCAUUCUCUCUGUCGACAGCAUAAAUGGACUUUUAGCGAAUGGUUCGCCUAACUCUGGCCCCAACAUGGAGGCGCACUCGGGUUCAGGCGAGCCCCCUGGACCGUGAGGUGACCGUGACGAACAGCAGUUCCGAGGAAGCGGGCCAGUGCGUGGACCAUAAAUCAGAUCUUGACUGGUUCUGUAGAUCAGAAGCGAAACUCAUUUGUUCACACUGCGCAAUACAGGGGUCCUGUAACGGCCACACGGUCACCCCUGUCGCCCGAAGAGCCGCAGAUGUUCGGAACCAGUUAGUGGAUGUGUGUGAAAAGAUGCAGCUGCAGACUUUGCGGAUUGAGAGCUUCAUCAGCAAGACCCUGACAGCUAAGGAGCGCUCCCUGCAGGUGGAGGCCUGUGGGGUGCGUGAGCGGGUAAUGGCGCAGGUCAGCCGGGUGAGGGAAGCCCUGGAGGAGGAGGAGCAGAGACUCCUGGAGGAGGUGCAGAGAGAGGAGGAGCGUGUUCAGCAGAGCCUGCUGACACAGAGGGCCCACUGGAGCCAAGCCCUGACCUCCCUGACUGACAUACGAACCAGUCUGGUGCAUACACUCACACACACCGAGGACAGCCAGCUCGCGGUCUCCAGCAAGGAAAUAGGAGACAGGGUGGAAGAGGCGGAAGGAGUAGGCGAGCCCCGGGACUCGGAACAGCUGAGUUUGGACCCAGGCUGCAGCAACAGCCGCCUCCUACAGGCUCUCUGGGCCAGCACCAUGCUACUGGGACCCUCAGGUCAGUAUUGCAGUCAGGUCUCUCCGGUCAGUACUGCUGUUGGGUCCCUCAGGUCACUGCCACUGUUUUGUCCCUCAGGUGCCUCCCCAGGUCCCUCCCAGGACGGGCUGAUAUUUGACGAGCGCACCGUCAGCCCCCUGCUCUCGCUCUCGGGGGACCAGCGCACACUCACCUUCCUGCCCCGACGGGCUCGACGGUCACCCCAGUACGACCCGGCGCGUUUCGACAGCUGGCCCAACGCCCUGUGCUCCCCCCCCCUCUCCGGGACGCACACCUGGGUGCUGGAUGUGGCCGAGAGCUUUGCCUUUAAGGUGGGGGUCUGCUACGCCGACAUGGAGCGCAAGGGGUCCGGCAACGAUUCUCGGCUGGGCUACAACGACCGCUCCUGGGUGCUGUCCUUCUACGAGGAUGAGUACUCCUUCUGCCACACUGGGCACCACUUCCCUCUGCGCCUCCUCCGAAAGCCGCUGAGGGUGGGGGUGCUGCUGGACUGGCCGGGGCACACCCUGCUGUUCUACGACCCGGAGUCCUACGCCGUCCUGCACGCCGUCCAGCACAAAUUCACCGCCCCGCUCCUGGCAGCCUGCGCCCUGGCAGACCACAGCAUCAGGCUGCUAAACUGAUGCAGGUCUUCAUUGUUUCUACAGCACAUACCCACCCCCAAAUAAUAAUAACACACUCUCUACAGACCUCUGGGCACUAGAGGGCCCCCUGGACACAGUGUCUACAGACUUCUGGGUGCUACACGGGCCCCUGGACAGCGUCUGUAGACCUCUGGGUGCUACAGGGGCCCCUGGACACAGUGUCUACCGGCCUUAGCUGGACAUUUUACUUCACUCCUGGUCCUGGAGACCAACAGCCCUUGGAAUUUCUGGGGCUAGAAGACCAAGCCAAUGACUUUUCACAAGGUUAAUUCUAGGAUCUGAUCAGUGAAGCUGGCAGGAACUUGCUGUGAAGAUUCUACAUGUUGGUAGCAAAGAACUCAUGAGGAAUCUCUAAGCCAAUCAAAGAUCAAGAUAUCCCUGUGCCAAUCAGGGAUAGUGUUAUCCCUGAUAUAGCCAAUCAAAGAUAUCAUGUACAUGUGGGGUUGGAGGGACAUUCCAGCAUCUGCACUGGGAAGUGAAUGGAUGUGAAAUGCACAACAGUGGUGAUCAUGAUGAAGUGAUCGUCAUUGCUACAUCAGGGACAUUCUGUGACGCGGAUGUGUGAUAAGGAGGUUGGAGUUGACUGGGGAGAACCCUAUGCUAUACAAUGUUGUCUGCUAUUGAAUAAGGAAGCAAUAAUCAUUCCAUGCUUCUAUACGAAUCCAGUGCUAAUUUUGUUGUUUUUGCACAUUGUGGGCCCUUUGGGACUGUGCGAGUAGACAUCAUAUAUGUCCGUACAGUUACUAAAAUACUAUUUUUAAAUAACAAAUUGCCAGUAUGUGACAUGUCCAAUAAUCAUCUUGGUAUAUAGAUCAUCUUGUUCUUAUAGACAAAUGCAAGAAAAAUCAGCUGGAGCAACAAGGACAUUUGGCUGCAAUUAAUCACAAUAACUGCAGUUAAGACGUGAGUUUGUUUCAUAUAAUGCUCCACAGGGUCACCAGAGGACUUUAUUUCUUUCAAAUGUUGUUACAGUGCAGAGUUGUGUUACUUAAGCUCUCAGAAUGUUUGUUAGUGUUUCAUGGACAGGAAUCACCCAGCUGCGACUUUAUGAAGCAUUUGAUCAAAUUCAGACAUUAAAGAUAAUCUUUUUAUAGUCACUGUCUUGAUAAAAAUGAAUCAAUAAUGCUGUACCAUGAAAUGUUAUAUUUUGUAUUGAUAGUGAAUGCUCUAGGACAAAGAGAGCAUGUAUGUAUUUCAAAGAGACGCUUUAAUUUUUGUAUGGAUUUGUAUGUCAGAAUCUAAUAUGUAAUCCUCCAUUGCAGUUUUAUGCCCAUAUGAGGAUAUUUCUUUGUGUUACCAGCAGGCUUAGUCUAUGACAGGUAACAGGUCUUGGGGAGGGAAGACAUUUUCUUUUGUUUAUUUCAUCAUGAUUAUUCAGUAUACAUGAUAUCCGAUCCAUCUGAAUGACAAAAUCUUGGUCAAAAGACUAUCAUCAUCUAUUUUGCUGAUUUUCCACUGAAAUGGAUGUUUCAAUAUAAAUGUCUUUAGACACAUUUUCGGUCAUUUAUAACAGUGUGGUUGCUGAAUACACAUGAUUUCCCAACCAUCAAAAUGAAAAAAAGUGUAUUUUUCACUUUUUAGACUUUAGUCUUAUGUGUUAUGCCAUUUUUAACUGAAGCACAGUGUUUUAUCCUGAAUUUUGUCAAAUAUAUUUUUACUCAUUUAUUUCACUGAUGAACAUACUUUCCUAUCCCUCUGUAUUAAUUUUUUAUUUUAUUUUAAUUUGCCAUUUUUACAUAUUUUCAGACAUUAGGCUAUAUAAAUUCUUUUUUAAUCUGCCAUUUUCCACUGAAACACAUUUUGUCAAUUUCUGUAAACACAAUAUAACCAUGACCAUAUUAUUUUCACAAUGGUUGUUCCAGAGACAUGAUUUCCUAUCCAUCUGUAUGAAUAAAAUGGAACUUUAAAUAAAAUAAAAAGAUAAUAAUCCAUAUAGAUUUUGGACAUAGGACAUAGUCAUAGGUUUUUUAAAAAAGAUUUGCUACUGAAAAACAUUUUUCAUCAUAAAUGUUUUUAGACCCAUUUGUGUUCAGUAUUUCAACAUGAUUGCAGGGACUGCAAAAGUGUAGUGUGUGGCAGCACCCCCUCUUGGUGAGUCAGUGCCUCUAAUCAGAAAGCUGGCAAUGUAAUUUUCCUUAUACGAGCAUGGGUAUUGGCACUUACCUUGCAUUCGUCCAGACACCCAUAGAUAUAGAAACAGACUUUGCAUUCUGCCAACACACACUUACAACAGCGGGUGAAGCAGUAGGCUACUACAUGAAUGAUGAGUUAAUGUCGGAAAAUCCAGAAUUUUAUGAGGAUCAAAGAAAGCCAGUAACAAAGGUACCUUUUGCACCUGGCAAAUUAAUCUGAAUAAACUCCAUGAUAUGCUGGAGAUGAACAUCAGUAAAACAAAAGAGCUGGUGGUUGACUUUCGACGGAAGGGGAAGCCACCUUAUUAUGGACACCUUGCACUCAUACUUUUAUCCUCUCAUAUGUUGACACACGUAAUUGUUCUUAACAUACUGUAUUAGUAUUUUUAGGAUUUCUAUAUAUUGUGUUCCCCCUAUGUAUUCCCUUAUCCAUUUUAUUCUUUUAAUCUCUGCUGCUGUGAGACUCAAAUUUCCCCACGGGGAUAAAUAAAGAGCUAUCCAUAUCAAUA